UAGAAGUGCGCGCUUGGCGGAUGCUCGAUUGCUCUCCGGUUGUGUGUUUGUAUCAGAAGCUCAGUGUGAAGAAGCCAAAAGAGUUUUUUUUUAAUUACUCGAGUCUCGAACCACGCGCGCGUCGGAACUCUUUGUUCUGCUUAGGCCAUCUGUGAUCUGCGUUCUUUCUUGAAAGCUCAGCGUGACGGUGGAAAAUUUGUUUCACGAAGAAAACCAAACCAAUCAGUGACAGUGGAGGAAAACAGAAGAUUCAGAACAAUGUUGAAUUGUGCCGAUCUAGUGCAGUUUGACCAAUACAGUUUACAGCUGUACAACUAUGCUAUGGUGGAACGUUUCCGAACUAAUCAGUUUUUUAACUAUGGGAAUAUAGUGACGGAUCCGCGAACGCUAUCAAGGUUUUUCAAACCAUCAGUGUAUGUGAAUAAUCCCGCUGAAGUCGGGCCCAGUGCUUUGCUAGCCGAUGCCAGCAAACUGUCCUCUGCACCAAAGCCACAAUACAGCUACAUCGGACUGAUUGCGAUAGCUAUCCUCACUUCGCCGGAUAAGAAACUUGUCCUCUCGGACAUCUACCAGCACAUUUUGGACAACUACAGCUACUUCAGAAGCCGAGGUCCAGGAUGGCGAAACUCAAUCCGACACAAUCUAUCGUUGAACGAUUGCUUCAUCAAAGCGGGACGUUCAGCUCACGGCAAAGGCCACUACUGGGCCGUCCAUCCGGCCAACGUGGAUGACUUCAUGAAGGGAGACUUCCGGCGGAGAAAAGCUCAACGUAAGGUCCGCCGUCAUAUGGGGCUCACCUCGGACGACGACAUCUUCGACAACAGCUCCCCAAGGCAGUUCUUCCCGGCGAUCCCUGCCUCACCGGUCAUGAAUCCGACAUCGUACAUGCCAACCGCGACGGAACCGUUGAGCCAAGCGGCCGCCGCUGCAGCGGUUGUCUGCGCCUAUCCGACGACCAUGGAACAACAGCAUGCAAUCAUCAAAGGAGCUAUGGAAAGCUUCUCGCGGAAGCGACAGUUUGACGUCGAAUCUCUUCUGAGACCGGACGAUGCGAGCUCUUCGUCCAGCCUGCACGAAGCACCGGAAAAGAAGACUAAACUGCUGUAUACGGCCACGACGAUGACAUCCUCGACAACGCUCCAGGAGGGUCCGACGAUCGUUCUGCCGCCACUCGCUCAUCACUCCCAUCAUCCGUUGGCUGCGUUCGGAAGCCUAGCAGUCGCAGGUCUACCCAAAGUACUUCCGAAGCAGACUUAGAGACGUCGAUCGAGGAAGGAGCCGUUUAUAGUUGUCUAGGCGUAGUAGCAUACACUCUAUCGUAGCGUAGGUAUAAGAAUAUAUUAUCUUUGAUCGGUUUGAAAAAGCCGGCCGAAUCGUUGACUGUAAUCUAACUGUGACACACAAAAAGCAUUCUGAAUUGAAAAAUAAGACAAGGAUAAGAAGAA